UCCACAACUUCCAUAUCCUUCUUCUUCAUAUAUUUUCUUUUCGAUAAUUUGUUGCGUGUUUCAAUGGCGGAUACCGGCGGUUCGAGAAGAAUGUGGUGUUCAGUUCCUGAAAGGCUUCAGCUGCACUUGGCCAUGGGGGCCUUGCAGUUUGGUUAUGCAGGUUUUCAUGUUGUUUCUAGGGCUGCCCUUAAUAUGGGAGUCAGCAAGCUUGUGUUCCCAGUUUAUAGGAACAUCAUCGCUUUGCUUCUGCUUCUUCCUUUUGCUUAUUUUCUUGAAAAGAAAGAGAGGCCAGCUCUUACACUUAACUUCGUCAUUCAGUUCUUUUUCCUUGCUUUAAUAGGAAUAACUGCAAACCAAGGAUUCUACUUGCUGGGAUUAGACAACACGUCACCGACCUUUGCAUCAGCUAUACAAAACUCCGUCCCGGCAAUUACUUUUCUCAUGGCAGCCUUGCUCCGGAUAGAAAAAGUGAGAAUAGACAGAAAAGAUGGAAUAGGAAAAGUAGUAGGAACAAUAUGCUGUGUAGCAGGGGCCUCAGUCAUAACAUUAUACAAGGGUCCCGUUAUAUACAGUCCAGUUCCACCGCUGAACAGAAUACCCACUCCCAUAGUACCAUUGUUUGAUUCUCUUGGAGAUGCAAAGGGAAAAAACUGGACCCUCGGCUGUAUCUAUCUCAUUGGCCAUUGCUUAUCUUGGUCCGGUUGGCUUGUUCUUCAAGCACCAGUUCUCAAGAAAUAUCCGGCCAGACUAUCUGUCACCUCUUACACUUGCUUUUUUGGACUUAUUCAGUUCUUGAUCAUUGCUUCAUUUGCUGAAAGGGAUCCACAAGCUUGGAUGUUUCACUCUGGUGGCGAACUUUUCACCAUCCUCUAUGCGGGAGUGGUGGCAUCUGGGAUUGCCUUCGCUGUACAGAUAUGGUGCAUUGACAGAGGUGGCCCUGUGUUCGUCGCUGUUUAUCAACCUGUUCAAACUCUUGUUGUCGCCAUUAUGGCUUCCAUUGCUUUAGGUGAAGAGUUCUAUCUUGGAGGGAUUGUUGGGGCUGUGCUGAUUAUAGUAGGAUUAUACCUUGUUCUCUGGGGCAAAAGUGAAGAAAAGAAGUUUGCAUUAAAGGAAAGUGCAAUGAUCCAGUCCACUCCAGACCACAGUACCAUCAUCAGAGCACAAUCCCACAUCAAGACUACCCUAUCUCAGCCGUUGCUUCCUUCAUCCACCGAAAGUGUUUAGCCCCACAAAACCCUAACUCUUUAACAACACUACUAUUUAGCUGGUGAUCAGCAGCCAGAAGAUUUGAAGAAUCAAGGCUUGUGUGUGUACGCAUAAUUAAUUAAGUUGUGUUUCUUUUCUUUUAUUUUUGGGUAGUGUUCUAUUUUAUUUUUUUUCCCUUUUGGGUUAGUAGGAGGUUCAAUGAAGGGCAGAUUUUGAGGGAAUGAAAAUGAUUGUGUGGCCCCUUAUGUGUUAAAUUAAAUUAUGGAUUGUUUUUACCCAAAAAGAAAAAAAAAAGAAUGAAUAUGUAGAUUAUGCUCCAA